CAGCUAGACAUGGCGGCGGAUCCAAAGCCGGACUGGCUCAGCUGCCUUCCCUCUUCUUGGAGUUAUGGGGUGACUCGGGAUGGACGCAUAUUCUUCAUUAACGAAGAAGCAAAGAGUACAACCUGGCUGCAUCCUGUUACAGGGGAGGCUGUGAUCACAGGCCACAGGAAAACUCCAGAUUUACCAACAGGAUGGGAGGAAGGAUACACGUUCGAGGGAGCUCGCUGCUUCAUCAACCACAAUGAAAGAAAGGUGACCUGCAAGCACCCGGUGUCAGGCGUCCCAUCGCAAGACAACUGCAUCUUUGUCGUAAAUGAACAUGUGAAUAGUGGAAAGUUUGUUCACCAUGACACAGAAGCACGCACCAGACCAGCUCCGAAGGCUUCGGCAGAGCAGGAAAGCAGCACUGACAAGAAAGACCGUCCCAUGAGCAUCAUGAGUGAGGCCUCUAACUACACCGGCGGCUCAGAUUACAGCACCUUCCCUGGCAGCCCAGCUACCACCGUCACCACUGCCACCACCCCCUCCUCUACAAGGCCUUCUAGGUCGUCCAAAAAAGUCCAUAAUUUUGGCAAGAGGUCCAACUCCAUCAAGAGGAACCUUAAUGCCCCGGUGAUCAAGAGGAACUGGCUUUAUAAACAGGACAGCACAGGCAUGAAGCUGUGGAAGAAGAGGUGGUUUGUUCUGUCUGACAUGUGCCUCUUCUACUAUCGAGAUGAGAAAGAGGACAGCAUCUUGGGAAGUAUCCUCCUGCCCAGCUUUCACAUUUCCAUGCUGUCCGUGGACGAUCACAUCAGCAAGAAAUAUGCGUUCAAGGCCACGCACCCCAACAUGCGGACGUAUUACUUCUGCACAGACACAGCAAAGGAGAUGGAGUGCUGGAUGAAAGUCAUGACAGAUGCUGCACUCGUCCACACUGAACCAGCCAAAAGGCUGGACAAGCUGAACGCCGACCAGCAGACGCCUCAGCAGUGGAACAACCUGCUGAACCACGCGGCCCUCACGCAGCCCGAGAUCCAGAACAACGAACGGAACCGAGAGCCCGCGCGGCAACAUUCGCUUUCGCGGGCCGACGACAAGCGUCUGAAGGACAUCGAGAAGCAAAACAGCCAGAAGGAGCGCGAGUAUUACACCCUGCAGAGAGACGGAGAGAGGUACUCCCUGAAGAAAGACGGCGUCAGCUACAUGCUCCAGAAGGACGGAGACCGGUACCUCCUCCACAAAGACGGAGAGCGGUACCUGCUGCGAAAGGACGGGGAGAAAUACUCGCUGCAGAAAGAUGUGGAGAGCUUUGCUGCUCAGAAGCUGAACAAUAAGUACACUGUGACACCGACAGAGGAGAAAUAUGCUCCUUGCAAAGAUGGAGAGAAGUUCCUACUCACAAAAGACGGAGAAAAGUAUGCCCUGCAGAAGUUUGGAGAUCGACACAUGCUCCAGAAGGAUGGACAAUCCUAUGUUCCGCAGAAGGAAGUAAGGAGGCAAUUAUCAUUAAAGGAAACGGAGAGGUACAGCACCAUGAGGGACACGGGAAGCAAAUGUGGUACCAUACAGAUUGUUGACAAAUACGGCAAUCUGAAGGAAGUACGGAAAUACAGCACCCUACGAGAGGGCAAUAAAUAUGCUGCCAUCACGGACGCAGAGAAGUACGCCACAAUUCGGGGUGGGGAAAAGUACGGCUUUCAAAGAGAUCAAAGCUCCGAAAGGAACAAAAUCAGCAGCAUUAAGCUGCAGCCCGCUCAGGCGGCCGCCAUCGCAGCUGCCGUGUCCGCGUCACGCCAGAACCAGGCAAGCCUCGGCGCCCAAAAACCUCUGCAAGUCAAAAGCUCCGGCUCCAGGCCCGGGGAACAGCCCGGGGACCGCAGUCAGAUAGACGAGACUGUGGAAAGGGUUCCUCUGCGGUCCCCAGCACCGGUCCAUGAGCCAGAUGGUGGCCUGCUUUGCACCAAUUCCAUACAACAGCUGGAGCCGAGGCUCCGAACUCACCGGACAAGAGAGCUGGAUGAUGACACACGAAGCGUGAUGUCAUACCAGACAUUGCCCAGGAACAUGCCCAGCCACAGAGGGCCGAUCGUGCCCUGCUACCCCGAGGGUUACCGCACACUGCCCCGCAACAGCAUGAUGAGGCCCGAUAGCAUCUGCAGCGUGGCGGGUUCUGUUUACGACCGGGCCCUCCGCCCGGUCUCCACCAUCGGCACGGCGGAGAAGCGCAGAUCGAUGAAGGACGACACCAUGUGGCAGCUGUAUGAGUGGCAGCAGAGACAGGCGUUCUCCAGGCAGAGCUUGGCCCAGCCCACAGUGGUGGGUCAUUAUGGCACCCUGCCCAGCACAAAGACCAUGGGAAACAUCUCUGAACAUGCUGUGGCACGGUCCAUCUCCACUUCACCGUCUCAUGGAUCCCUGGCGCUCUACAGCACCUUCUCCCCUCCUCACCAGCAGGGCGCUCCCAAUCCCAGCAGCUCACUCUCCGAGGUGUCCUCGCCUGUCCUCCGAGGGGAUGGGACGUUGGACCGUCGGCAGAGGUCUCACCUCACCAAGUACGGAUGUCCAGCUGACCGACGGUCCAUAGCAACCUGUGUCCCUCCACAAACCAUCACGCCACAGUCUCUGCAAGGGAAGACGCCUGAGGAGCUGACAUUGCUGCUCAUCAAGCUCCGCCGGCAGCAGGCAGAAAUCAACAGCCUGCGGGAACAUACAGUAGCACAGCUAAUGGCCCUAGGAGUAGAAGGGCCCAACGCCAAGACUGAUGUUCUCUCCCAUCAUCUUCAGAGGAACCUUAUUUACCUGGAUAAGCAGACGAAGGAGAAUGAGCCUCUUAUCUUCAUGAUUCACACUAUGAUUGAGAACUCGGCACCAAGGCCGCAACUCUACCAGCAAAUCAAUCCAGAAGAUUUCAAAGACAGCUCUUUAAUUCAGACCACAGACGAAGCCGAUGUAGAGACCAAGCUGAGCAGACUGUGCGAGAAGGACAAGGUGCUGAGGAUGCAGGAGGAGAAGCUGCAGCAGCUGCACAGGGAGAAGCACACUCUGGAAACGGCGCUGCUCUCAGCCAGCCAGGAGCUGGGUGAGCAGAGCAGCUCCAACACAGCAGCCACGCAAAGCCUGGUCCAGCAGAGAGACGUUCUGCAGAGCGGCCUACGCAGCACGUGCAGAGAGCUGUCCAGAGUCACUGCCGAGCUGGAGCGGUCCUGGAGGGAUUAUGAGCGGCUGGAGGCAGACGUUACUCUGGCCAGGACCAACCUGCUGGAGCAGCUGGAGGCCCUGGGCAGUCCACAGACAGAACCUCCGAGUCAGCGGCACAUCCAGAUCCAGAAGGAGCUUUGGAGGAUCCAGGAUGUGAUGGAGGCUCUGUCUAAAAAUAAACCCAAGCAGAGAAUCGAGAGCGGUUUUCCUGGUGCAAAGCCUCUCUCCAGUCAGCAGAAAAAUGAGCAGGCAGCGACGCUCCAGCCGCUUAGCCCGCCCAAAGAGGGCAACCGGGUGCCGGCUCGCCCACCCCUCCCUCAGUGCUAUGACUCCUCAGAGCGCGUCCCUCACGUCCCCCUCCACCAUUCACAGCCGGGCGGCCGACCCCUCCACACCCACCGCCCCGAGGAGCGCAAGGCCAGCUCCAGGAAUGGAGCGCACAGCCAAGCUCCAGAUUACCGGCUGUAUAAGAGCGAGCCUGAGCUCACCACCGUGAAGGAGGAAGGAGACGAGGCCAACGGUGAGGACAAGGACAAGACCGAGACGUCUGCUGAAAGUAAAGACACUCCAGCGUCCAAAGUGCCCCCGUACCCUGUAGGCAUUGUCGCUCCCAGGACGAAAUCACCCAUGAGCCCUCCUGAGUCUUCCACUAUUGCCUCCUACGUCACCCUGAGGAAGAUCAAAAAACCCGAAUCCAGAUGUCACAACGAGUCUAGUCCUCUCCAGGAUCGGCCGAAGAGCGCGGUGGAUCAGAUGGCAUUUGGGGAGCGAGAGUUCAUCAGAACAAGGAUGAGUGUUGAGGAGCAGCUGGAGAGGAUGAGGAGAAACCAGGAGGCAUCUUCACUCCGAGAGAAGAGGAGAGAAACACUGUCGCGCUCUUCCUCCUUCAGCAAAGACAACCCCCUCCUCCAUUUGCAGAGUCGGGCCCAGGCAGAAGGGGCCUGUCUAAACCCUGUGGAGCUCGAGACAGCUUUGCUCCAGAUAAAAGUUGCUCAGAAGGAGCAGAGGCAAACAGCAUCAGAAGCCAACUCAGCAGAGGGACCGCCAACCUCACCACAGAAAGUCCAGAGGACUGAGGGUGUGACAGAUUCCCAGCAUGAAGAGGGGCAGCCGGAACAGGCCAUGAACCGGCUGAUUGGGAACCAGACACCAGCCGACACCAACAAUGAGCUGUGUAAGAGCCAGAGAGUGGUCAUUGUGGAUCUCGGCACAGAGCCAAAGCGUGUGGAGAUCGUGAACUUUCAGCCCUCUGAGGAUGACGAAAGCAAAGCUCAAGAUCUGACCAGCUCCCCUACAAACACCACCACUGAAAACAGCUUUCAGACACCAAGUCCUGAGCCCAAGGAGCAGGAGACCGAUGGGAGCCCAACUCCAAGCCAGGAGGAGCACCUUGAGAAGAGUCUCAAUUCAUACAAACAGCUGACUGGAGACAGCAAGAAACAGAACAUCAACAACAACAUGCCGGCGCAGACGUUUACCCUGGUUAGCAGCGACACGUGAAGCAGCGCCUGCCUCAGUGCCCAAAGCAACAUCCCAUAGAGCCGAAAUGUAGCCAGCCAGCACAGAGCAUGUUCCAUGGCUUCCUGCGUUCCCAGCAGAACUACUUAGAGACUUACAGCUACAUGACCGCACAGAGACUGACGUUUGGUUGCAGACGGAGCACCGGCUGGCGGGAAGCCUUUGCAUCCUGAAAGAGAGGCGGAGCCUGUUUAUCUUUAGUAACUUUUCAAACUUUCUAAAAACAAGGAGUUCCUUUUUUAUUUUCCCCUGAAAUACAUUUGCAUUAAAAGAAUUGUGAACUGGUUAUA